GACAAAUGGAUUUGUUUUGUGUGUGAAAAUGCCGACAAACGACAGGUUUGCCAAUCUGACGAUCCGAAAAUGGAAUCUUGUUAGCCGCCGCACCGUACACACAAAACAGAUAUCCCAAUUGCGAGAGAAACAGUGACAACACUAUUAUCGAAUUACCGUUGAAAGAGGGAGUAGAAAAGCAAAACCACAAAAAGAAAAGAAAAAAAAAAAAAAGGAGUAAAGAAGAGGUGCACGAACGCGAGUCACGGAUAAAAACUAACUUGUAAAUACAGUGUACAUAACCAUGAGCACACAAAAUCGAUCCAGCGGUGGCGGCCGCAAUCAGAAAAAAUCAAAUUCUGGUGGUGGCGAUACAUCUAAUAAAAGAGGUGAUGUAGGCAAAACAGAUAAAGAAAAAUCACAACCAAAGGUACUAAAGCCAACAUUAGACCAGAUUCGUAUUGCCCAGGCCGCAGAAGUUAAUACUGUCGCAGAAGAUCCAAAAAUGCCUGAGAAGGUCGCAACACUGAUCGAAAUGACUCAGAGGUCUGAGGAAGAAGUGUGUUGUGCAUUGUAUGAGUGCGAUAAUAAUUUGGAAAGAGCUGUUGUUUUCUUGUUAGAAACACUUCCAGUGGGAGCAUUUGAAACUUUAAAGAAGAAAAAGAGUCGCGCUGCUAAUUCAGCUAGUGAAAAUGCUGGUGAAGGCGAUUGGGCUGAUGCCAAUGCUAAUACGGAUAAAAGAGAAAAAUCUCGUAAUAGGAGCAGCACACGUGGAGGACGUGGUGGCAACGACAGUCGGGGCUGGCGUGGUAGAGAGGCUCGGGAAAACGAGAGAAAUUUGGCAGAUUCUUCUGGUCGUGGUGGUGGCGAAGGAGGGUACCGUGGCGGUAACCGUGGUCGAGGUUCCAGUCGUGGCGGAAGUUACGUUGGACGCGGCGGUCGUGGUGGUCGUCUCGGGCAACGCGGCAUGGGAAGAGAUCAAGGUAGUCGCAGUAACUACAACUCCAGGCACCAAGAUCAAGAUCAUCAAGAGGUUGAGUUGUGGGAUAAUACAAUUGCCACAAAUGCCGAAAAGCAGCAGCAGCAACAACAGCAGCAGCAGGAUGAUGCUUGGGGUGAUUGGGACAAUGAGGAAUAUGUCGGCUCGCUGAAGGAUAGUAAAGUCUUUACCACGAGUAAUUUGCAGCAAAGCCAGACAACUGCUGUCGUUGUUGGAGGAAGUGCUGAGUUGUCGGCUCCACCUGGGCUAGAGCUGCAUCUUGGUGCUACUCAGCAGCAGCAACAACAACAACCGCCGCAGCAACAGUCAUCUCAUAUAGGAAACGAUGAUAUGGUUCAGCAAUAUAGCAGUGCUGUAGCGAACAACAACUCGAGUGUUGCGGUAUCGGGAACGGGGACUCUUAAUCCAUCUCAGUUCCCUGACAUUCAUUCGUCGAAUGCUGGACAUAACAUGCGAAUGAGUAGCUUGGAAACACAGCAAAUGAAGAGUUCAUCAACUCUUUCAGCAGAACAAUCUCAGUAUUUCAAUUCGUUGACCUCGCAGAAUGCAGCGGCUGCAGCAGCAGCUGCUGCUGCGGCAGUGGCAGCCGCUGCUGUAUCGCAGCAAGCGGGUAAUGUGAACUCUUACCAAAACUCGUCUGUGCAAUAUCCGACUUCGUAUGCAACAGUAUUUGGGGAUCAGAAUGUUUCGUCGCAACCAGCUGUGCGAAGAGCGAGAGCCAAGGUGCCACCACCUUCGAAGAUACCAUCAACGGCUGUGGAAAUGCCAGGUGAUACUCUUAACAACAUUGGUUAUUUGGAUGUGCAAUUUGGUGGACUGGACUUUGGCACUGAAGACUCUUUUGAUGCAUUACCGGAGAAAUUCAAUUCUUCGGCAACAAUUGAUAAUCAGCAAAUUGUCCAGUCUCAGGAAGUUGUUUCAAAUGACUAUCAAUCCAAAGCAAAUUCUCAGCAACAAGCUGUUUUGUCCGCUGGAUUGCAGAACUCGCAAAUGGUAUGUAUUUUUUUGUUUUCUAAUUAUUUUGUUGGCAAUUUUUUUUCAAUUGACAAUAUAUAUUAUUUACAGUCUGAUAGCCUUACAUCGGGUUAUUCACAACGCAGCUCUUCGAAUAUUCAGCAACAACAAAAUGCUGGCGGUGUAGGUUCAAUGAACGCGCAAACUAAUAGUUCGUUAGAUCAGUUGUCGAAAAAUGAUCCGUACAAUCAAUCGAACACAUCAAGUACGGCUGGUUAUCAGAGUUCAUACAAUUCAAGUUCAUCUGCUAACAAAUCAUCAUCUUACCAACCGACAGCUACUGGUCAAGGUUACAAUAGUGCUAGCUACACUAAUGUUCAAUCUUCUUCGGCCAGUACCUAUCAACCACCGUCGAAUAACUACAAUUCGUAUAAUCAGAAUUCUGUGAAUUCUUAUCAGCAGCAGGCGAAUGUAUCCUCUGUAAAUAAUUCAUCGAAUUCUGUUGCUGGUAGCACUGUGAAUAGUAGUGUUUCAACACAAAACAUUCCCGUAGGCGGAAGCAGUAGCAGUACCGUGAAUAAUGCCAGUGCAAAUUCCAAUGCCGGGUAUUUAUCCAGCCAGUACCAAAGCAAUCAGACAACAUCGGCUUACCCAUCACAACAAAAUGCGUACCAAAAUAAUCAAAGUAUUUAUGGCGGUACUGGUCUUUCAAAUAACACAGGGUUCACUGGUAGCACAAGCACUUCAUCAUCUCAGUACAGUAACUUUAGUAGUGCUAAACUGAAGGAUACUUCUACUACAUCGUCUAGCUCCCACUAUGAAAGCGUUUCAAGUGUAGCAGCAAGCACCGUUGUUAGUAGCACUGUAAGUUCAGUUGUCCCCAGUUCAACAGCGACUACAAACAGUAUGAGCUCACCAUCGUUAGGUUUGACAAAUACAAAAGUAACAAACUCAGCCACCAAUGCCAACAAGAACAGUGCUGGAAUGGUGCCGCAAAACAUCCAAAUGGUUAGUCAAUAUAUUCAGACUGGAUUGCCCUACUAUCAGCAACCAGUAUAUUCUUACGAGGAUUUACAAAUGAUGCAACAGAGAGUGCCACAUGUGCAGGGGUACUACGAUCUGAAUUACACGCCAACAAGCUUAGGUGCAGCCGGUGUACGUGACAAUUUGGGCUCUGUUGCAUAUUCAACAAUGACUGAUGGUCGUUUCGCCAGAACUGACAAUAACUCUAGCCCUGUUAGUAAUGUAAGUGGUGUGUCAAGUACGAUGUCGCAACAAGCGGGAUCUACUGCUCCAUUGCUUAACGUUCCUUAUGCAUACUUUUAUGGAGGCAAUAUGAUGCCCGGCGGUUUCCAAUAUGGCACACCAGCUAUUUAUCCGCAGCAAAUUCCAGCUGCUAAUACAGCAUCCGGUGGUCAAUUCCCUAAACCGUCCUACAAUACUGGAUAUGGUUCGGCUAGCUAUGAUGCUCUUUCACAGGCUACACAGGACUAUACCAAGGGAGCGUACCCAUCAAGUGUUAAUCAACAGACUAAAUCACAAAAUGUAACAAAUCCACCACAAGCCGGAACUGGUUCCGACAUUACAUCCUCUAUGUAUGGAAAGGGUCAUGUCGCAUUAAAUAAAGUCAACUCGUAUGAGAAGCAAAAUUUCCACUCUGGUACACCACCCCCAUUUAAUAUGCCGAAUACACAGACUGCUGGUGGAACUUCGGCUCAACCCUAUGGAAUGUACCUUCAGCCGAUGCCAACUGGUCAUCACAAUAUGAUUCAUCAACCCAUUCAUCAGAUGGACGGCAGAAUUCAUAACUCAUCCCGCCGGGAUUCAAACAGUACUGGACAACGUCAACAGUCGAGCAACCCAACAAAAUCGGCUACCAAACAAGGCUAUUCGCCAUCCUACUGGGCCGGACAAAACUAAAAUUAUAUCCAUCAACGCUAAACUUUUGCCUCGUUCUCCACAUAGGCGAUACUUACCACAUAAACAAAAGAAAGAAAAAAACUCAGAGCCGAUAAAAUGUUUCCAACAUCCAUAACAUUGCUUUUUUUUAAGUCCAGGAUAUUAAAAUCAACAACAAAACAAAAAAGUUUGCAUAGUACAUUACAAAUCUGAUUAUAAUUUAUCUUACUAUAUUAAAAAAAAAACAACAAAAAUACAAAUGAAACAAAAAAAUAUAAAAAAUCUACUUUUUAAACAAAACAAAAAUUGAAACAGACAGAAUUUUUUAGUUAUAGUAUUGCUGUACUCUAUAAAUUACAGCAAAGUUAUAAUUUUUAGAAAAGAAAAAUUAAACAAAAAAAAAAAAAAACGUUCUCUUUUUGUACAUCAAUUUAUCGAUGUGCGCUCUUGAUAUAAAUGAUUAAAAACAAAACAAAAAAGAAAUGGAAAAAUUUUAUUCGAUAAAUCUCUACAUUAUAAAUAUAUAUAUAUACAUAUAAAUAAUUCUCUAUAUAUACAUAUAUAUAUAUAGAAAAUAACCCAGAUAAAACCCUCACAUUCACACACACACAUAUACACAGCAAAAUUAAAAAACUGGAUAUUGUUUCUUUUAAAUGUUUAACUUUUUAAUAUAUAUAUAUAAAUAAUUAUAAAAUAAUACAUAAAUAUAAUAAUAAUUAUUAAUUAAAUUAGUACCACGUCUUUUAAUGCUAGUAUAUAUGGAAUAUAUAAUUAUUAUAUUUAACAAUAUGUAUCUAUUACAGAAAAAAAAAACAAAAACAAAUAAUUCAAACUCUUCUAUACACUUAAUGCAAGGAGUGAUAACAUUUGCAACAACCAACAACAAACAAUUAUAAAAUGUAAUUUAACAAAAAACAAAAAAAAAGUUAAUGUCAAUUGGACAUGAUGCAUCAUCUAUACAUACGUUUAAGUAAAUGUUUUUUAAAAUGGCAUUAAUUUGUUUUGUAUCGUUCGUAGUUAGCACUCGUGAGUAAUUUGAGUUUAUUUUUUCUGUCAAAUUCGGAGUUGUGUGUGCAUUUAUAUAAGAAAAUCAAUUGUUUUUUUUUUCUUUUUUGUAUUUUUAUUUUCGCCAACAUCACUGACACAGAGCCCCUCGUCAUCGAAUGAAUUUUUCUUCAAUCGAUUACACGAAACUAGAUCGAAAAGUUUAUAAACAGUAGUUUUCAUUUCGGUUUUCGUAUUGCGAAAGAUUAUGGUUAGGAUUAGAAGUCGAUAUUUGUACUCUUCACAUCGGUUAUCUUAACGACGCACAUAUAAUUAUUGCUAUAAAUUUGAAUCUGUGCCCGAGAUUUUUUUGAAAAUUUAUUAACGAUACGAAGUAAAGGAGGAAUUGUUUGGUUUUUAAAUUAAAACUUGUUUUCAUUACUGUGAUGGUUUCUGGAUAAGAUUGGACAAAUUGUGGCUACAAAAAUCUGUUUCAUCACUACAAAAAGUAUUUAACAGUCAUAGCUUGGCAAACCUAUGUAAAAGAUAAUUUGUUCUGCCAUUUGAAUGGGAAAUUUGCUUUGCACGAUUAUAAAACGUUACAAAUAUCGAUAUUGCCGACGCAAUAUGGGGAAAGCGGGUAUGGAGUGAUGACGUGACUAAAAAUAAUUAUAGAUCCUAUUAGGAAUUAUCAUAGAGAUUGUUUCCCUGGGAAUAUUUUAUUCCUUCUGUUCUGUUAUCGUGAGAGGACAUUUGAAGAAUUAUUUUAAUUCAAUGUAACCCCCAUUAAUUCUCGAUUGACAUUAUAUUAGCUAAUAGAAUAAUGUUUAAACGCUUAAUCGUAAUCGGAUCCUCGAGAUGAAUUUAUUGUAAAUUUGUUUUCUGUCGGACUUUAUAAUGCGAUUGUAUAUGUGAAUCUCUUGGAAUUAGUUUCUUGGACGAUGUUCCCAAUACAAAUAAAUUGCGAGGGAAAUUCAUUUACGCUCCCAUGAUUUAAAGGAGACAAAUUUUCAUUUACGAUGACCCGUAUAGUAGAAAAGGCACUCAUUUACAAACAAAUGAAAACAAUCGCAUUCAUACUUUUGUCUCUUUUGUUAUUCCUCCCAGCCCAGUUUUGAAGUAUUUUUUGAUGAAUUCCGGGCAUGUCAAAUAAAUAAAACAAAUUGGCGUCUGACUGAAUACGAUAAAAAUAAAAACACCUACACUAGUUUUCUUAAUGUGAAGAAUAAAAAAAUUACUUAUGCCUGUGUGAUUAACCUCACUCUGAAAUGUUUUAGUUUAUUACAGCUUUUAACUCGAAAUUUUAAACUGUAACAAACUGAAAUAAACUACGCUUAAAAGAAACAAAGUUGUUGUAUCAUUUUUACUUGUACAAGAAAUAUUUUUUUUUUAUUUUUAUUUCAAAUUUAUGUAAUUAAAAUAAAACGGUUCUCUAAGAAAUCCCUUUGUUUUGUAAAAUUACAUUUAAAAAUUUGAUUUAAAAAUAGAAAUGUUAAACUAUUUCCCUACAAAGUGAGUUUCAAACUAACAACAGCACCUUAUUCCUAUUUUAAUUCUUUUUUUUUUUAAUAAUAAUUAUAAUUCGCUGCAAUAGAGAUGGACAGUUAAUAAUUUUAUAUUUCUUUUUUGUUACCUUCUAUGUAUAAUAUACAUAUAAUAUAUUUGCUUUAAUUUUAAAUACUGUUUUCUAGUAGAUAAUAAAAUCAGUAAUAUAAACCAAUUCAGAGCUAAUUUGUGUGAAAAAUAAAAAAUUAAAACAAAAAUAGAUAUAGACAUUAUGUAUGUACAUAUAUCUAUUUCCUUUAUCCAAAAAUAGAAAAUAAAUAGAUAAACCUAAAUGUGCGUGAAUUUUUAAAUGUUGCAAAAGAGAUCACACUAAAUUAAAUAACCCCUCACACACACAACUCUCUUCUAACACACCCAUACACACAAAUAUCCAUGUUGAAUAGAUGUCUUCUUGAAUUGCUUAUUCAAUUUUUUGUACAAGAUUAUAGGCUCAUUUUUAAGAAACAGAAAAAAAAUAUAAUAUUUAUAAAAGAACUUCUUUUAUUUUUCGUUUCAUAGUAUCUCAUUUUUGUGUUUUUUUAAAUUUUCGUAACUAAAUACUAAACAAAAAAAUAUAUAUAUAUAUAAAAUUAUUUAUGAUAGAAGAACCUUUUUAUUAUAACAGAAACAAAAAAAAAAUAAAUAUAUAUUUAUGUAUUUAAUUUAAACAAAAAAAAUAAAUAGAUAAAAACACUAAUUUCUUUUUUUAUAUAUUCACAACUUUAAAUGUAUUUUGAAAAAAGAAAUAUAUAUAUAAAAAUAUUUUAGCUUUAUCAUAAACAAUUCAUUUUUUUUACAUAAAAAAAAAAAAAAAAAAACAAAGAAAUUUUAUAAACAGAAAAAAAAUUUAAUGUAUAAUCAGAAAAAUAACAACUCUUCGUAGAAUGAGAGUUGCUUAGUCUAAAAUAAAAUGUUUAUAUAGAGAAAACCGUAAUUUGAUUUAAAAUUUUGAAGAAAUGUUAAGAGGGCGAGUGUAGUUUGUACUUUUUAAAUGCAUACAAUUUUACUUUAAAUAUAUUUUUUUUUAUGUUUAUUCGAAUUAAUUUAAAUAUGUGAAUUAAAUAGAGAAGAGACCCCAAAUAAAAAAAAAAA